CGGGAGAGUCUUUCUCCUCUCUUCUCCGGCAGGCGCAAGGCUACUCUCGGCCGGAAGACUCGAACCAUGCUGACGUUCAGUUCGAAGGAGGCUCACCAGCUCCUGCACAACAAGUUUGUGGUCAUUCUGGGCGACUCAAUCCAGCGAUGUGUGUACAAGGAUCUGGUCCGGCUGCUGCAGAGCGACUCCUUGCUCACGGCUUCCCAGCUGAAGUCCAAGGGGGAGCUGCGCUUCGAAGACGACCACUUGGUGGAAGGAGGGGUGCUGGGCUCCCUCCACAACGGCACCCGUUACCGCGAGGUGCGCCAGUAUCGGACCAGCCACCACCUUGUCCGCUUCUACUUCCUCACGCGGGUCUACUCGGAGUAUCUGGAGAGCGUUCUGGAAGAUUUCCAAGCCGGACCGCAACCGGAUGUCUUGGUCCUCAACUCUUGCGUCUGGGACGUUUCUAGGUACGGCCCGUCUUCCAUGAAGGAAUAUCGCAAGAACCUGGAGACGGCCUUCAACCGGCUAGAUGCCGUCCUGCCCGCCUCCUGCUUGGUCAUCUGGAACAUGACCAUGCCUCUAGGGCGCAGGGUGACGGGGGGCUUCCUUAUUCCAGAGCUGCAGCACUUAAGCAAGACCCUCCGCAACGACGUGAUCGAGGGCAACUUCUACGGCGCCACUCUGGCCGGCUUCCACCUCUUCGACGUCCUGGACCUCCACUUCCACUUCCGCUUCGACCUGCGGAACCGGGUCAAGGAUGGCGUCCACUGGAACAACGUGGUGCAUCGCAGGAUCACCAACCUGCUUCUGAUGCACGUGGCGGAUGCGUGGUGCGUGGUGGUGCCGAGCAGGAGCCGGAGCCCGGAUGGCACUCCAGACCACUAG